AUGUCCAAGAAACCUCCGACAGCAAAACCAGUCAAUGAUUUAAUAAGAUUUUGGGCCGCACAGCAAGAAGAAAAGGCAGCAAAAACAGAGCCGGUUUCACGAUCACCUCGACGACCAUUGUCCCCAACUGCAACUACAUCCACACCUUCAUCUCCAAAAACCUCAGAACCAUUAUCACCAAGAUCAUGGAUCAAUAACAGCCCUUUUGGUUCGAACGUGCCAAAUGCACCACCUCCAUUAUCUCCCACUCAACCAUUGCCGCCACCUAUGCCCAUUGUAAUUGAAAAAAGUUCAUUAGUUAAUAAAUCAUUAAUAACAGAUCGAUUAAAUGAUAUUUUCGGAAGUAGUUUAGACAGUAAUGAAGGAAAGAAUGCGAAUAUCAAAAGUGAUGCGUCAACAAUUGACACAACGAAAGACAAUAAUAGUUCGACCGUUGAUCUAAAAACGGUUACAACUCAAAAGGAUCGAGGAAGGAGCGAUUGGAGUACUACAUCUCAAGACUCAUCAUCGUCAUCACCUGCUCAGACUCAAUCACGAAAAGACACAGUCACACCCGUCGAAAAACCUUUUUCACAAAAAAAUUCAAGUUUUGGUGAACUUGGAUCACCUACUAGGACAGUUCCUCCAAAAGAUAUUUCAUUUCUCACUAAAACGCGCGAUGCUAAAUCACCAACCCAACGCGAAGCAAUUCCACAGGCAAAAAAAGUAUCAAAUUUGGUGUCAAAAUUUGAAAAGGCAGUAACGCCACCAACUUCACCUACCGCUUUGUCACCUGUAAAAAGAUUUAAUACUAUUCCUGAUCCAAUUAAUUCAUCAUCUAAACCAAUAACUCAACCCGUUCUGCCACCUGUUAAACAAGUCUUUAUCGAAAUAGCACCCACAUCCACUAAUAGUGUUAGUGUUACAAGUAGUAAUAACGGGUCAUCUAGUGGUAAUAAUGGAUAUAACUCUAACAACGGAUCUAGUUUCAAUACUGGAUCUAGUGUUAAUGCUAAUAACGGAUCUAGCGUUAAUAAUAGUUCUAGUGUUAACGUUAAUAAUAGUUCUAGUGUUAGUAAUAGUUCUAAUGUUAAUAAUAAUUCCAGUGUUAGUAAUAAUUCUAGUGUUAAUAAUAAUUCUAGUGUUAAUAGCGCCAACAGCGGAUCCAAUGCCAAUAAUGGAUCCAGUACCAAUAAUAGUUCCAGUGUUAAUUAUGGUUCUAGUGCUAAUAAUAUAUCUAGCACCAAUAACGAAUCUAGUGUUAAUAGAGGAUUUGGUAAUAAAAGUGGAUUUGGUGUUAAUACUGGAUUUAAUGCUAAUAGAGGACUUAAUGCUAACGUAAAUGAUACACCGUUAACUCGAGGUUCUUUAACUCAAAAUGAGCAAGAACCGCUAAAAAUAUCAACUUCGAAUAUUGCCUCCGACACGAAGUCUGUGUCAUCUGGAGGUAAACCUAUUCCACGACCGCUAUCGAUCACAACCCCGGUAUCUCCUAGAUCGGUAUCUCCAAUGUCAAUCCCUCAAACCAUUCCCGAAACAAUGCCAGUGACGUCAACUGAUAAUAAGUUUACAUCUCCGUCUUCACCUGUCCGAUCUACCAAGAUAACAACCUACAAUGACGAAUCAAAGAUUUCAUCUUCUGCAUCAUCACUCAAGUUAUCCGUUCGUGAAUCAGCGUCAAACAAGGAGGCCGUUUCACCAAUGUCAUUACUUUUUGUUGAUGGUUUGCCACAAAUACAACCAACUUCACCCUUACACAUAACAAUGCCUGAACCAUUAUUUACAAAACAUGACAAUUACUCAUCCUCUACCAUCUCGCAAUCCACAUAUUCCACUUCAACUCAAUCGAGACGAGAAUCUAUAAUAUCAUCUGGAAGAGAAUCAAUAACUGUUAAAAAAACGAAUCAGAAAGAAUUAACCCGAUUUUCUGAGACUUCAUCGCAAUCUUCCAGUUCAUUUGCUCAUAUCUAUCAAUCACAACCAAUAUCAAAGGAUGUUUCUGAUUUGUCAUUUUCACUUGAAUCAUCGAUUUAUCGAUCGUUAAAGUCGGAUAGUACCCAGCGUCGUGAUUCUGUUCAAAGGGUUUUAACUCCAAUACCACAGACCAGAUCUAAAAGCCCUGAAACCAUUUCGAUUAAAAGUAUUGAAACAAUCACAACCAAAGGACAAGGAUAUUUACCAGAAAUCAAGAAAACUUCACCAAUGUGGGGUCCUUUACCUGAUAAUGCCUCUCCAACAUCACCGAUUCACUCAAUCACCAUUAGUGAUUCGCUGUAUUCAGUCCCAAAAUCAUCGACUACAGAAACCCGAUCAAUAAUUUCGGCAUAUUCGACCAGAAGUACUUUAUCUGAAUUACUACCAGAAUUCAAACCAACAUCCCCAAUGUUGGGCUCGAAUAGAGAUACUUCUUUUUCAUUAAAUAGCUACGCGUCAUCUCCUCCUGAACCAUUGUCCCAAAUCAAUGUAGAAAUUUGGAAAACUGUGGUAAAAUCAACUACUGAUGAUGAUGACCAACAAAUCACACCAACUCAAAAAAAUUAUCCAGUAUCAUCUUCAAAAACUUUUAGAAAUUUGUCUUCUACGGAUAAAGAUGAUGAUUUGUUACCAAAAGCUGCUCCAAUAUCACCUAUAACAUUUGAUUUACCUGAACUUGGAUUAUUAGAACCAUUACCAAAAGUUCAACAAUCAUCAUCCCAUAAAGAAUUUUCAUCAACUGCACCAUUGAAACGUGAAUUACCUGAUCCAAUGUCAAAUACAUAUUCCUUAUCAAGUUUUACAACAAAUACUUCUUUAUCUGAUGGUGAUAAAAAUAGUUGGGGUUUUUGGAGUGAUUCUCCUCCAGAGUCACCUAAUAAAUUUAAGUUAGAUUUGGAUCGAUUUAAUAAUUAUUUAAGUAAAAAUGACUCUGACUAUGGUGCUUCAGGAUUGAAAAAAGGAAAAGGAAAAAAGUAUAGUACAUUCAUGGAUAAGACAAACAAUGACCAUUCAGACAUUCAUAAAGUUAAAAUUGAAUCAAAACUUGAUAAACAUAAAUCUUUACCAUUAACUCAAGACGAUUCCGCUUAUAAAAAUGAAGUACAUGAAACUCGUAUGGAAAGUGAUAAAAUGGAUCAAAGUGAUGAUUAUAUAAAUUCUGAAGAUAAUAAUCCACCAAUAUUUCAAAGGAAACAAACACGUUCAUCUAGAAAACCGAUGCCAAAUUUUUAUCCUUCAAAAUCAAAAAAAUCAAAAUUAACAGAUGAACAACCACAUGCAAUGACUAUAAAACUUCGAAAAUCCGGAAAUUUUCAAACUUAUCCAUUAUCAGAUGGUUCAAGAAUUGGUACUAAACGACAAAAAUGCAAACCUAUACAAAUUUUAAAAUUUCCUUAUAGUACCAUUAGACCACAACGUAAUACUUUAUCAUCUGCUAGUACACUUAAAAAAAAUCCUUUUCUUAAAUCUAUUAAAAGGAAUUUUGGUGAUCGUAAUUUACCAGAAUACACAUUAUCUAAAAGUAAAAUGUCAUUAAUGGUACCACAUAACUUGGCAGCCGUAGAAUUUGGAAAACUUAAUCAUUCAUUACCUGAUCUUACUAUACGUGUAAGACAUCAAAAAUUUAAUGAAGUUUUUUUAAAAAAUAAUAUGACGGUACCAGAUUUUACACGAUUUGAUGCGAUAAUGAAAGAUGAAAAAAAUAAAUCAACAAAUGUUCGUAUAGCUAUAAUGCAAGAUAUAGAUUCUGAUCCUUUAAAAGUAACAAAGUUUAGUAUUAAACCAUUUGAUGAAUCUGAAUCAAAUGAAUUAUUUAAAUCUGGUUCACCAUGGAUACAUUUACCACAUUUGGAUGAAUUCAUAAAAAGUUUGCCAAAAACCGAAUUUUCAAAUCCAAAAGAUAUAAUGACUCAAGAAGAAUAUGAAAAAUUUAUGGCGACAGGUAAAUUUGGAAAGUAUGCAGAUUCUAUGUUCCCACCGAUGAAUCAGAUCCCAGAUGAUGUUUCUUUAGAUGAUCUUAAAUCUAACAUAACUAAUAAAGAAAAAUCACCAAAUGAUUUAAUUUCUACUGCUAUUGAUGGUGUUCUUACUGCUGAAGCAGCGAUAUAUGGAAAUACUUUGAUAAAAUUAGAAAUAUUGAGAGAUUUUAUACAAUUUUUGGCACUUGCAUUGACUUUUGGAAACGUAGGAGCGGAAGGCUGGUUGAAAACCUUAUUAAAUACUAUACCAAAUUUUUUAAGUUUAAAUUUGGCUAAUGGACUUGAAUCAUCACCAUGGAGUUUACGUUCUCGAACAAAACGUCGCCACAAUAUGGUCGUAGUAUUUAUCUUAACAACACUCUAUCUCCCUUUAUCAAAACUUUCGAUAGAUGCUUUAGUAUGGGCUGAUACAUUCUGGCCAAUUUCAGAUCCAUAUUUACACAACAUAGACAAUCCAAUUCUUACUAGUCCCGAUGGUUAUCGAGAUCCUUAUGAUUUUUGUUAUGUGACUAGUAUGAGACAAGGUGAUUUGAACUUUUCACCGGCAAUUAUAGUAGUUGCCAUAAUAGCUUUAGGCGUGUUUACAAUUUGGUUUCCUAUCGCUUUGAAGAAAUUAGUGGAUAAAAAUUAUCCUAGGAUAGAUAAAUAUAAUGAGGCAGGAGAAAAGAUUACUGAUGAAAUUAAAGAAUAUUCAAAAAGGUUGGAGAAUGACACAUGUCCUUAUAAUUUCUUGUAUAAUGGAUAUAAUGAAAAAUGGUCAUCCUAUAAAACAUUUAUAAUGGCAAAUAAAUUUCUCAGUAUCUUGAUAAUUUCUACAAUCUCUAAAGAUAAUUGUUUAUUCCGUUCUGCAUCACGAAACAAUGUUUCAUUAGUUCGUCAAACAUUACAAAUUUUUUUAAUGUUCUUACUUUUAUUCAUACAUUGGAGAAGUGAACCAUUCCUUCAACCAUCACAGAAUACUAGUGAAUAUUGGUCUCGAUCAAGUUAUGUGAUUACAGCAAUUUUGGGAAUAUUUGUAAUAUUACAAGUUGGACAAUAUUAUAUAGUUUCUAUAAUACUUGUGAUUAUUAAUUUAUUAAUUGGAUUGACAUUAGUGUGGCAUUUGUUUAAACAAACAGAUCGAUACAAAAGGUUUAUCAAAAAUACGAAAAAACGAUUAGAUUUUAGUCUUAACAUAUAUUCACCAAGAUUAGAUUUUGCUAAACAUAUUAAACGUCGAGUAUGGCAAGAAACAUGGAGCAGUUUGAUCUUGACUUCAGAUCAACUUAAAAUUCCAACAGGAAAAGUUAUAGCUUAUUCCCAAUCACCUCAUCGACCUCCAUACUUGUUAAAUUUUUCAGGAAGUGUUGCGGAACGACAUGUAGAGAACCUAAAGAUUAUGAAACAUAUAGGGUUAAAACAUUAUACUACCUCUUUGGCACCUUUACCUAUCUCUUUGGAAAAAUUGAGAAUAAAGAUAGUAAACAAUUUUGUUGGACCUGAUAUGUAUUAUGCACCAGAAUUUUUAAACAGUAAGGUAAAAACAUAUUUUGGUAAAGCAUAUGUAGUACCAUUUCCGUUUAGUUUAGUGAUGUGUUAUGAUGAUGAUGAUAGUGUAGUUGUUUUAACACAAGAAUGGGAAAUCCGACGGUAUGUAGAACAGAAUGAGAAUAAAGAAGUGCAAAGGAGAAGGUUGGUUAGACAAAUGAUUAGAUCUUUGGAAGGAAAGGUUAUUGUUGGACCUUGUUGUGAGAAAGAUAAAAAUGAAUUUGAAAUACAAGAAAAGGGAUUAUUUGGAAAUUCGGGAUCAGAAAUUCAUUAUCAUCGUGGAAUCCUCCAAAUACAACGUAACCAGCGUUCAAAAUGGCGAGGUCAAAACAUGAAUUCUGGAUUUGAGGUUACCAUUACUUAUUCAGGCAAAAUUAAGCCUAGUGGUUCAUCACGAUCCGGUAGUUCAUCACUUAGUGAAGAAACACCAUGUCAUGAAACAACAGUUGGUCAUAACAUUAUCGAAAUUGAACCAGAUUUCAAAAUGACAUCUCAACUUGAACGAUUAUUCACCGAUAAUUAUGAAACACUGUCUAAAGGACUCGAUCUAGUUCAAGCGAUAAUGCAACAAUAUAGGGACUAUUAUAAAGAUGAAGCGAUGAAAAAGAUGGAAACAUUAUCAUAUGGAUUCUUUAUAAAUAUAUAUGAUAAUCCUUCAAUACCAUUAGAAUCAUUACCAGCAUUAUUGAUGACAACCGAAACAAAUGAAAAAGUUCGAGCUAUUCCAGAAACAGAAUAUCCAGCGCUUAUUUAUCUAUAUGAAAGAAUGAGGAUAAUAAAUCUAUCAAGAGUUCAUCAAUGGUGGUACCUGUUUUGGGAAGAUCUUUGGAGGAAAAAUCAUCAAGAGAUUGAAGAUUUGAGAAAAUAUCCACAAGAUUUUUCACCAACUUAUAGAACUAGUUUAUGUUAUAAACCAAUGAUAAGGUUAGAUCUGGAAGAAUUUUUGCAGAAACGUGGUCUUUGGAAGAAUGAAGGACGUGAUGGGUUCUUGCAUUCAGGAAUUCUAAAUAGGAUUUACUUAUAUUUAAAUAAUGUGGUAUUUGGAAGAAAUUCAAAAUCUAAACGAAGAAAUAGCAAAGGUGGUGUGGAGGAAACGCAGAGGACAUGGAGUAUAAUAAAAGGAAAUAGUAUUGAUAGUAAUGAAUAUACGUUACGUGAAAAAGAUGUGAAAACUAUAAAAGAUCGAAUUCCUACUAUAAAAAAUAAAAAUUUUCACAAUAAUAAAUCACCGGAUACGUCACGAUACGAAGAUAAUUCAUCAAUGACUGAUAAUAUUUCAAAUUUAAAAUUACAACAACCUUCUGGUGAAGAUGGAAAAUCUUAUAGAGAUAUCGUUUAUAAUAGAAUUUUGAGAUCUCGUAAAACUGGUGUACCAACGGUUGUCCUCUCUAAUGAGCUUAUUGAGGCAUUUGUCCAGGAUUACGAUACACUUUUGACUAACUGUCGAGAAUUAGAAUCGAGUCACCGAAUAGAUGCUGAAAAACUUCAAGAAUAUAUUCAAAUCACUGAUAAAGUGAUCGAACUUAACGAACAAACUUUGAAAGAGCUUGAACAACGACAUAAAAAAAUUAGCUCGGCUCUUCAUGAUCAACGAAUGAAAGAAAUUGAACAUAAACAGGAAAUGGUUGAUUUGAUGUACCAAGACCUUGUUCAAAAAGAACUGGUUAAGGAUAAAAAUACGAUUGACGAUGAAUCAAAUGAUUUGAUAACUUGGGACGAACAUAAGGAAAAAGGAGGAUGGGAUAAAAAAACGGGUUUUUAUGAGAGGAAAAGUGAGAAUUCGUCGUGGACAUAG